UGCUCCGAGGAUCGGGUGGGUGGCAGGGAUGAAGCAGAAGUGAAUGCGGGAUGAGGAGCCGCGGCUUUUCGGGAGCGGAACUCUCUGGAUGUUCUCAGGGCGCUGCGCCGGGGCUGGAGAUCUCCACCACGCUGGUGAUGUUCAGCCCGUCCUCUGCUGUGACCCCGUGCACCUCCCCACGGGUGCCCCAGGCCGUCCCCAUGGACCUGAGGAUCGGGCAGCGCGUGGUCAAGCCCCAGGACACGGCGCUGCUGGCCCUGAAGCAGCAGCAGCUGCAGCACCAGCUCUUCCUGGCCAGCCUGCACCAGCAGCAAGUGGAGCAGCUCGCCCACCAGCACGUCAGGGUGGCCAUGGAGUCCCCGCACCGUGAGGCUGAGACGGGGCAGCAGGAGCAGGAGCUGAGGCAGAUCCUCAACAAGGACAAGAGCAAGAGGAGUGCUGUGGCCAGCACGGUGGUGAAGCAGAAAUUGGCCGAGGUGAUCCUGAAGAAGCAGCAGGCGGCUCUGGAGAGGACCAGCAACCCCCCCACUGCAGCCAUGCCCUACAGGUCCCUGGAGCCUCUGGAGCCCGAGGGUCCCUCCCCUGCCGUGCUCAGCACCUUCCUGUCCCCUGUGCCCAGCACUUCUCUCGAUCCCCCUGAGCAUUUUCCACUGCGGAAAACAGCGUCCGAGCCCAACCUGAAGGUUCGCUGCAAGCCCCGGAAGUGCCUGGAGCGGCGCAAGAACCCCCUGACCCGCAAGGAGAGCGCUCCCCCCUCGCUGAAACGGCGCCCGCCCGACGCCAUCGACUCGUCCCCCAGCAGCAGCAGCACCCCCGUGUCCGGCUGCAGCUCCCCCAACGACAGCCUGGCCCCCGAGCACGGAGCGCUGCCCACCCCCGGUGUGGCACACGAGGCUCCCCUGGCCCAGCGGCUGCUGAUGCAGGAGAGUUCCCUGGCCCAGUUUGCCCUGCAGAGCGCGGCCUCGCUGCCGGCCAUCACCCUGGGGCUGCCGGCCACCACCGGUGCCAGGGUCGAAGCCGAGCGCCGGGCUCUCCCCAGCCUGGCUCACCGUGUCCCGGUUCUCAACGGGCCGGUUCUGCCGGGCCCGCACUCGCCCGUCUUCAUCCCAGCCAGCCUGGAGCAGCACGAGGCCAGCAGCCCCCUGUCCCCUCGGCUGCAGCCCCUCAUCAUCCUCGAGCCCUCGGUCACCCACGCUCCGCUGGUGGCGGUGCCAGGUCUGGGGACGGUCCCGUUCUCCUUCGCCCCGUCCCUGAUCCCUGCGGAGCGCCUGUCCCUGCCCGGACAUCACAAACCCCUGGGCAGGACCCGCUCGGAGCCGCUGCCCCCGAGCCCCAAGGCCGUGCAGCAGCACCUGGUGUUCCAGCAGCACCAUGCACACUUCCUGGAGAGGCUCAAACAGCAGACGCACCUGGGCAAGCGCAUGGCCAAGUCCAGCGAGAAGCCCCGGCUGCGACAGAUCCCAUCCUCGGAGGACAUGGAGGCCGAGGGGACACUCCCGGAGGUGGCAGCCGAGGGUGGGGACCCCAGCAGGACACGGGCAGAGCCCCCCCGGCCUGGGAAGGAGCCCGAGAGGUCACAGAAGAUGGGACAGCCCCAGGAGGAGCUGGUCCUGCAGCAGGCCUUUCUGUGGGACUCCUUCCAGCGGGUGCAGCAGCAGCUCCUCAAGCGCCAGCCCUUGGCCGACCCCGCCGUGGUCCCCCCUGGCCACCGACCCCUGUCCAGGGCUCAGUCGUCCCCAGCCACUGCCACCGUGUCCCUCCCUGCCCAGGACACCAAAGCUCUGUCCCUGCCCGUGCAGGAGCAGCCACCCAAGCCUCACUUCACCACAGGGCUGGUUUAUGACUCAGUGAUGCUGAAGCACCAAUGCACCUGUGGGGACAACAGCAACCACCCCGAGCACGCCGGCAGGAUCCAGAGCAUCUGGUCCCGGCUGCAGGAGCGGGGCCUGCGCAGCCGCUGCGAGUGCCUUCGGGGCCGUAAAGCCACCCUGGAGGAGCUGCAGAGCGUCCACAGCGAGCGCCACGUGCUGCUCUACGGCACCAACCCCCUCAACCGCCUCAAACUGGACAAUGGCAAGCUGGCAGGGAUCCUGUCCCAGAGGACGUUUGUGAUGCUGCCCUGCGGGGGGGUGGGGGUGGACAGUGACACCAUCUGGAAUGAGCUGCACUCGUCCAACGCUGCCCGCUGGGCCGCUGGCAGUGUCACCGAGCUGGCCUUCAAGGUGGCCACCAGGGAGCUGAAGAACGGCUUUGCCGUGGUGAGGCCACCAGGACACCACGCGGAUCCUUCCACGGCCAUGGGAUUCUGCUUCUUCAACUCGGUGGCCAUCGCUGCCAGGCAGCUGCAGCAGAAAGGGAAACUCAGCAAGAUCCUCAUCGUGGACUGGAGUGUCCCCAGAGAUUAG